UCCGAGGAGGGGACAGGGGCCGAGGAAGGGGCGGUCCUCCCAGGGAACCGGCAGGGGUCUUCCUGCCGGCGUGCCUGCGAACGUCGACGCGCGCCUGGUGGACAACUCUGAAGAAUCCCUCGUGGCCUCAUUGAAAUCAUUGACGCUUCGGGAGGACGACCUGCCUACGCGGCCUGGCUUCGGAACCGGUGGCGUGCAGAUUAAGCUGCGCACGAACUUCUUCCCCGUGCGCGUGCCGAAGGGGCCGCUGUACGAGUACGAUGUGGCCAUUACGCCAGCGACGGCCAUCAAGCGCAUCAAGCGCAGGAUCUUCCAGCUCGCGGAGCAGACUCCUGGCUGGGCCAAUGCCGGCAUGGUCGGCCGGGUCGCGCACGACCACAGUUCGAAGCUGAUAUCCUCCUUCAAGCUCCCGCAGCCACUCGUGGUGAAUGUCAUCUACACGGACGAGGACGAGGACGAGGACAAGAAGAAGCCGAAAGAGUUCGCGCUGACAAUCAAGUUCAUCCAAGACAUCGAGACCCAAAGUCUCGUAAAUUACCUCGAGGGACAGAAGCAGUACCGCGGCUACGACGUCCUCCCUGUCAUCGCCGCGCUCAACCUCAUACUUGCCGCGCACCCGAAUCGCGUGGGCGGCGGUGGCGUCAUGGUGGGCAAGAACAAGUUCUUCCAUCCGUCACCGGCGCACCCGCCCACGUCGCUCGGCGGCGGGCUCGAGGCGUGGCGCGGCUUCUACUCGUCCGUGCGCCCGGCGUACAAGCAGCUGAUGGUCAACGUCAACGUGUGCACGACCGCGUUCUACACGCCCGGCAAUCUCGCAGACAAGAUGCAGGAGUUCUUCAACGCGAGCUUCGGCGCGCGGUACGCGGCGUUCGUCAAGGGCGUCCGCGUGAAGACGACGCAUCUCGGCUACACGAAGACGGUCAAGACGGCGGCGAAGGUCAACGCCCGCCAGCACAAAUUCAACGCCGACGACUACGGUGAAGUGUCCGUGGAGCAAUAUUUCCAGCGCAAGUACAACAUCAAGCUGCGGUACCCCGAGCUGCCGCUCAUCGACGUCGGCGGAAAGAAGCAGAACCUGCUGCCCGCGGAGGUCUGCACCAUCCUCGAGCGGCAGCCGUUCCGCGGCAAGCUGCUCGACGACCACGUCGCCGCGAUGAUCACCGUCGCCCUGCAGCCGCCGAACGUCAACGCGCGCGCGAUCACCGAGCGCGGGCUGGACGAGCUGGGCUUCCGCCAGGGCCCGAACCCGCUCGCGGAGUUUGGCGUGAGCAUCGGCACGGAGAUGGCCGUCGUCCCCGGGCGCAUCCUGCAGCCGCCGAUGCUGCAGUACGGCCAAGGCGCGCCGCGCGUGGACGACCGCGCGAGCUGGAACCUGCGCGACGUCAAGUUCGCCGUGGGCGGGCGCCUCGAGAAGUGGGCGGUCCUCGUCAUCCAGGACGGGAACCAGCGCGACGAGUUCGCGAACGAGCACGACCCGGAGCUGCGGAGCGUCGUCCAGGGGUUCAUGGCGAUGUGCCGCAAGUCGGGCAUGCAGGUCGGGAGGGACGAGCCCGCCUAUGCGGCGGUCCCGCUGCCACGCAAGGACCCCGCCGACCCGAUCAGGAAGAAGGCGAUUGGGGCGAUCCGCACGAGGCUCAUGUCCAUCAGCCCGAAGCCGAGCAUGGUCCUCGUCAUCCUCUCCAACGGCGACAAGCACGUGUACUCCGGUAUCAAGCAUCUGUGCGACGUGUACCUGGACGUGCCGACGAUCCGGAAGGAGAAGGGGCAGGUUCAGUACUAUGCGAACGUCGCGUUGAAGGUGAACAUGAAGAUGGGCGGCAGCCCUACCAUGCUUGUGGGCAUGGACGUGACGCACCCCGGCUUCGGAACAGUCAAAGGGACGCCGUCGAUCGCUGCCGUGGUCGGGAGUGUGGACAAGCAAUAUGGCCAGUUCCCUGCUACAUUGCGGAUACAAGAAUCCAAGAAGGAGAUGAUCACCGACCUUGCCGCUAUGAUGGAGGAACGUCUGAAUGCGUUCAAGGCCAAGAACAGGAUUCUGCCCGAGCGCAUCCUCGUGUAUCGCGACGGAGUCUCGGAGGGUCAAUUCGCCAUCGUCGUUGCUGAGGAGAUGCCGGAGAUCAAGAAAUCGUUCCAGAAGUUCAGCACGCCGCAGAAGGCAUACUCGCCCAAGCUCACCAUCGUCAUCUGCGGCAAGCGUCAUCACACUCGGUUCUACCCCACCGAGGCGCAGCACGCCGAUCAGCUGGGCAACCCGAAGGCGGGCACGGUCGUCGACCGUGGUGUCACCGCCGUGUACGACUUUGACUUCUUCCUGCAGGCGCACGGAGGACUGCAAGGCACGACGCGUCCGACGCAUUACUACGUCGUGCACGAUGAGAUUGGCUUCUCGGCCGAUGCGCUGCAACGCCUGACCAACGAUGUCAGCUACAUGUUCGCGCGUGCCACGAAGGCGGUCAGCCUCGUCUCGCCUGCCUACUACGCCGACUUGGCCUGCGAGCGUGGCCGCUGCUACCUGCACGCACUGCUCCAAGGCCACUCUGACAGCGGGACGACGGCGACAAGUACUUCGGGGGAUGACGAGGUGUAUCGCGAAGCCGAGAAGAUGUGGCAUGGCGGCGUGAAGGGUAAGUUGAAGGACACGAUGUUCUAUAUUUGAUCAAGUGCAGAGAAGUUGUAAAACCACGGUAAAGGUGUAGCCGUAGACAGUUGCGUCGUUGUACUGUAUGUAUUGUCGUGUGUUGUAUGUAUGCCAGGGUUGUAUUGACAUGCCUCUGAACGAGUGAAAUUCACAUUGAGUUCAUAUGAUAAUUGUCGAUAUGCUUUGCUCGGG